AUGUUCUAUGUCUGCUCAGUUGAUCGAAAGUAUAUAGCGAUCAACCACUAUGUUUCGAUCCCCAAUAACGCAGGUAGCCGUGUUUUGAGGGUUGAAGAUAUAAAACAGACUACUAGUUCUACUCCAAACUCGAACAUCAAGCAACCACUGGAACUCUUUGUAAUCACUCGAAAUACGGAAAUCAAAAUCAACCCGCUAUUUCAAACCAACGACAAAGUACCCCCUACAGAACCGAAAACCUCGCAGCCCCCUCUCGGAGACCAACAAAUUCACUUACAAACCAACGAUGAAGUUGGAUAUGAUGCAGUCGGUGGUUUAGAUGCACAAGUAGAGCAAAUACGUGACCUAGUUGAGUUACCACUCACUAGGCCAGAGCUUUACUCCCACUUUGGUUUAGCACCACCUCGUGGUAUACUUCUUUAUGGUCCACCUGGAACUGGAAAAACACUACUGGCUUCAAUUGUAGCUAAAUCAACCGGAUCAUCUUUUUUGACUUUAUCGUCUUCUAGUAUCGGAUCAGCUUACCACGGAGAAUCGGAACAGAAGAUUUAUGAUUUGUUUGCUGAAGCUAAAGCUAAGAGUCCAUGUCUUAUUCUCAUCGACGAGAUCGAUGGUCUUUUUCCGAAUCGAGAUUCUGGUGGUGAAGUGGAACGUAGGCUUGUUGGUGCCUUAUUGACUUGUAUGGAUGGAAUUGAAGAUAAGGUGGCUAACAAUCAGUCUCAUCCGGAGACAAUGAUGGUUAUUGCUACCACCAAUCGGCCGAAUGCUAUCGAUCCUGCCUUACGUCGUCCAGGACGAUUUGAUCGCGAAUUAGAGAUUGGAAUACCAGACGCAUCCGCUCGAUUUAAAAUCUUACAAGUCUUAUUAAGAAGAGUUCCACACCAACUUUCAGUAGAUCAGAUCAAACUUUAUGCCGAUAGAACGCAUGGAUAUGUAGGAGCAGACUUAGUUUCACUUAUCCGGACAGCAGGCUUAGACGCUAUCAAACGAUCAAUUCAAUGUCAACCUACACCAGCUUUGAAAGAGAUGAAGCUUGAAGCAAAUGAUGUUGAAAAGGCUCUCUUGACAACCCUUCCUUCAGCUAUGCGUGAAGUGUUUAUCGAGACACCUAAAGUCAAAUGGUCAGAUGUAGGAGGUCAGGAGCUAGUCAAACAAAAGUUAAGAGAGAGUGUAGAAUGGCCAAUGAAAUACUCUGAAACGUUCAAGACGUUAGGAAUCCGACCUACAAGAGGAGUUUUACUCUAUGGGCCACCUGGUUGUAGUAAAACAUUGAUUGCGAAAGCGUUAGCUAGUGAAAGUGGUUUGAAUUUCAUUUCGCUAAAAGGUUCUGAAAUCUUUCAUAAAUAUGUGGGAGAAUCUGAGAAAUCGAUUCGAGAUUUGUUUCGUAAAGCUCGUGCUGCAUCACCUUCAGUUGUAUUUUUGGAUGAAAUUGAUACCAUUGCAGCUUCAAGGAGCUCUGAAGAAAGUGGUGGAUCAGGUACUCAAGAUCGUGUUCUGACCAGUCUUUUGACUGAAAUGGAUGGGAUUGAGGAAUUGAACGGGGUCUUGGUCUUGGCUGCUACCAAUCGACCAGACGUAAUCGACUCAGCCUUAAUGAGACCAGGUAGAAUAGAUAGGAUCUUGUAUGUUGGACCACCAGAUUAUGCAUCUCGGAAAGAAAUCUUGAAGAUUAACUUUGGAAAGAUGUCAAUAUCAAAUGAAGUGAAUAUUGAUCGUUUAGCUGAAAUGACUGAUGGAUGUACUGGAGCGGAAAUCGUUUCGAUGUGUCAAGAUGCUGCAAUGAUUACUAUGAACAAAGAUUUAAAUGCUACACAAGUUUCAGAAGAAGAUUUGUUGGAAGCUGCUAAUCAAAUUAGACGAAGGAUUACACCUGAAACCAUUAAAAUGUAUGAAAAUUGGAGGGAUAGAAGUGGGGUCAGAAGUGCUUAG